GCGCCUGCGCUGUCAGCUCCAGCAGCCGGGGAGGCCCCAGCCCAGGGACCUUCCGGCCCAGCUCCCCGGACGCCUGGGUCCCGAGUCCGGCCGCCGGGGCGCUCGCUGCACCUGGAGCCCGGGCGGCAGGAGCCCGUUACAGGGCAGCCCGGUCCCUGCCCCUGGGCUGAGCUCACACCCAUGUCCCUGCCCAGCGCCAUGGCGAGGGCCGCUGCCCCGUACAGAUGCCGCGUUCUGGCCUUGGUGCUGGCACUGAAGGGGCUGGUGCCCACGCUGGCUGCCCCUUCCCCCCGCUCAUCAUGCCGGGCCCUGCACACCUCAGGUGCCACCCCCGCCGGCCACAACAAAUGGUCCAAGGUCAAGCACAUCAAGGGCCCGCGGGACGUGGAGCGCAGCCGGCUCUUCCAGAAGCUCACCAUGCUGCUGCGCGUCGCUGUGAAAGAAGGGGGACCCAACCCUGAUCUCAAUACCAACCUGGCCAACAUCAUUGAGCAGUGCCGGAGCAAGAGCAUGCCCAAAGCAUCCAUUGAGGUGGCCAUCAAGGGAGGGGACAAAGGGAAGAGCUCGUACCUGCUCUAUGAAGCCAGAGGCCCUGGGGGAUCUGCGCUGCUCAUUGAGGUGCUGACGGACAAUGCAAAGCGAACCUACCAGGAUAUUCGGCUCAUCCUGAAACGCAAUGGGGUGCAGAUGUCCGACGGGGCCCGGCACAGCUUUGACAAGAAGGGGGUGAUCACGGUCAGCGGGCACGACUCUCAGCAGAGGCCAGUGGCCCUGGAGCAGGCCCUGGAGCUGGCGAUCGAGGCCGGGGCCCAGGAUGUGUGGGAAGAAGACGACGAGAAGGAGCAAGCAGUUCUGAAGUUUGUGUGUGAGGUGCCAUCACUGCACCAGGUGCGGGAGAAGCUGGACUCGAAGGGGCUACAGUCGCUCUCCGCUGCCCUGGAGUUCAUCCCCAAUGCCAGGGUGCAGCUGACCGAUGAGGAGAUGGAGCGGGCAUCCCAGCUGCUCUCCAUGCUGGGCGACUGCCAGGAGGUGAUCCGGGUCUACGACAACAUCGAGUAGGGGCCAGCGCAGGGGGUAGCAGAUGGAUAGUGACAAGGCACGUCGGUCCCGGCUUGGCCUAGCCCUGGCCUAAGAUCAGCCCAUCUGGUGGGCAAUGGGUGCAGCUCAACUUGAGAUCCUCCUGUAUGGACGGCAACCGGUGUGUGGCCUCGUCCCUUGGAUCAGGAGCCCAUGGGGCAACCAGUUCAGGACUCUGCCUCAUCCUGCCCUGGGAUGGGACGCCUGAGCACCACGUGGUUUAGGGCUCGGCCCAAGAUUGGGCUUAAUUUGGGAUUUCUUCCCAGGGUGAACGAUCCCCAUCGCAGCUCUCCAGGUGCCAGCACUGGGUGCAAUCUGGCGGCACUCUCUGGGGCAGAAACCCUUGCUCCUGAGGAUGGGGCGUGUUCUCUGAGGCAUCUUAUGGCUCCUAACUUCAUCCCCUGGGAUUCGUGACCUGAAUGCCUCGGCUCCCCUCUUGAGUCUGAUCCAGCAGGCCUUCUGCAGUAAGGCCUCCCUGCGUGAUGCUCUGGCAUGUCCCCCUCCAUGGGAUGGGUGGAGGGAGCUUCCUCUGCACCCAUACAGCACCGAAUACUCCGCGGAUAAAGAGUAACACUGUGCCAAGGCGAUGACAACCUGCGGACUUAACACCUCCCUGUUGUGUGACCCCCUAUUCAGCACCCCCAGCAGGAGAGCAAUAGGGAGCGCACCCCACCCUCCAAAUGUACUGUCUGGGGAGGGCGGCCUUUCCCUUACAUUGCUUAAUAAAUGGUUUGCUUGUCAGUG